CCAGAGGGACAGGGGAAGAAGGGACCUAUCACACAACACAUCGCUGCUCUCUGACGUGAAACUUGCACGUGGCCUUGGACUUGAUGACUUGUUGGGAGAGUUAGCCGGCAGCACCUGAGCUGUGUCAGACAGAAGCAGAAGAGCUACCUGCUGCCUGUAACGCUUCGUGAUAGCGGUGAGGAUAAAAGAAGAAGGCUGGGCAAAGAUCAAAACUUGACCUUAUCCGUCUCCUCUUGGGCUUUUGUUCACUCUGCAUCCCCCGCGGGGUGCAUGGUGGUGCGGACAGACUGAUUUGACAGAUUUGAUUGAACCACUGAUCUGCAUCUUCUGAUGAAAGCCCAACUUCUGUGGAUCUUGCAGCUUUUCCAGCAACCGCACAACUUUGCUGCAGUCUGGAUCCACUGCUCAGUCUGAGAAACAGCAGGAGAGAGCUGGGGGGAAAAAGAGAAUAUUGCCAUCCAUCUCUAACCCCCACAGCCCACCCUCAGCUUCGGACGCCCCUCCUCUCUGCCUCUUCUUUUGCCCCCUGUACCCCCCUCCCUCCCUCUACACCUCACUCCCCAACAGAGCAGAAAGCGUGAAAAAUCUCACUAAUGGGUUUAUUUGCUGUCAGAUCUGCGCCGAUCUGUCAUUCCCUUGGACCAUUCUGCUUGACACAUUUCAUAGUUGAGUAAGCCUCCUAGCUUUCAGGCUAGAGUUAACAGUGCCCCUGCAACGUCGUGCUGUUUGAGAGCUCAUCAAGAGGGGAGCAACGGCGGCAGCAGUCAGUCUGACAGUCUCUUGGACAGGGAGUCCCUGAAGCUGCAUUACUCCACUCUCCUUCCCCCCGUUGGGACUUUGUGUUUGUGAGCCUUGUGGGCAUCCUCAGCUUCUGUCUAAUCACACGGCUGAGUCCUCCACAGAAGAUCCAGGCUGUUUCUGCAGGGAUUCUGGUGCUGAUUGAUAAAGAGUGUGAAGAUGUGGUGUGGGGCUGGGCCUCUGGCCGUGAUGGCCGCAGUGUUUUGGACUCAGUGUGUCCUUCUGCAUGGGGUGGAUGCCAAGAAGGAGAGAAAAAGGCCAAAGGAGGCCACCCCACAACACACAGAGACCAUCAAUGCUACCAUUUCCAACAGUGAAGAGGUCGGUGGAAGCAUCAAGAUUUCUGACAACCAGCGAGUGGAUCCACUGGGAUCGUGGAUGGACUUUGUCAAAAGACCUGUUGGCAACUUCCCUGGAAAGUGUCGCAAACGCAAACGACCCCUGCCGGGCCCACCUGGUCCUCCAGGUCCUCCUGGCCCUCAGGGACCUCCUGGCUCUCCUGGAGCUGAAGUGACCCAGGAGGUUCUUCUCCAGGAGUUCAAAGACAUGAUUAAAGAGGCUACAGAGAGGAGAGCAGCAGCAUUGGACAGACAAACCAGCCCCAGCCAGCUACCUACGGCCAUCCUCACCUUGGAGGGGAUGAGCUCCUACCGGCGAAUAGAGGAAGCUUUCCACUGCAAGCUCAAGGGACCUGUGGUGGUCGACAAGAAGACUCUGGUGGAGCUCCAGAACUUUCAGACACCACCGGCUAAAGGAGCCUUCCUCAGAGGGUCGGGAAUGGACCAGUCCACCGGGAGAUUCACCGCUCCCAUCACUGGGAUCUACCAGUUCUCUGCUAAUGUCCACAUUGACCACAAUGAAGUGAAGAGGAGCAAGAGUCAGCUCAAGGCCAGGGAUAAUGUUCGGGUGCUGAUCUGCAUUGAAUCUCUCUGCCACAGAUACACCUCACUGGAGAUGAUCGUUGGACUAGAAAGUAACAGCAAAAUAUUCACUGUCAGCGUGCAGGGGCUGCUGGAGCUACAGGCCGGGCAGUACACCUCCAUAUUUGUGGACAACGCAGCCGGUGCUUCCAUCACAAUACAGAACGGUUCAGACUUCAUGGGCAUGCUGCUUGGUGUAUAGCCCCGUAAACAUGAACAGGGCCUCAUCCAAGCCAUCCACUGCUGCCGUUUUCUUUUCUGUGUUUUUUUAAUUUGUUUUUCAAUGGACUGCUUAUGAGCACCAUCACACAGUACCAAACCACAGGGGAGGUUUGAAGGAAGGAAGUGAGGCUGACAUGGACUUGAUUGCUUGUCAGAUGGUGAAAGGACAGCGUGAAGAACUCGAGGACUGAGUUUGUUUUUCACAGUGCACCACUGCCACUUCCCUGAGGAACUUGGAUCCCUGUUGCUUCACCAAUAAAAUAACCUGAAAAUAAAGCCGUGAAUAAGUCUGCUACAGUAUAUUUUUCGUGGUUGUUGAAGACCUUUUUGCGGUAAACCAACUAUCACUGUUUUUAACGUUCAACGGAUAGAUGUUGGAAGAGCUAGGGGAACACGAGAAAGUACGUUUGUGUGUAAUGUAUACUGACAUGUUAAUGUUUUUGUGUCUACAUGAUCUAUGUACACAUUCAUGAACUAUAGUUCUUUUUUUUAUCAUGGAUUAAAUCUCACAUUUAUAUAUGUUAUAUGGUACAUAGCCUGUGAGUACACUGGACAAUGGAAACAUGCUUAAUAGACAGAAUACAGCCUCACAACAUCUUGUCCCACAUAUGUAAUACAUUUGUAACGUAUCUAUUACUGCAUUUUUAGCUAUGCUAGCGCCGUGGUAAUGGUUUUGGUUCAGACAAAAAUAUCUCGACAUCUAUUUGAUUGAUUGCCAUGAUAUUUCGCACAGACAUUUACGCUCCCAAGAGGAUGAAACAUACUGACUUUGGUGGUCCGAGUGAAAUAUAUCGCAACAACCGUCGUAUGGAUUGCCAUGAAAUUUGGUACAGACGUUCAUGUCCCCCUCAGGAAGAAUUGUAACCAAUGUUAGCAUGCUAAUACACUAAACUAAGAUGGUAAACAUUGUACCUGCUCAAGUCAGAACAAUUGUGAACGGCGUAUUCACAUUACAAUGGAAAAACAAGGGUCUUUUGUCUGGUCUUGGCAUGCCAUCUCUUUUCUUGUACACUUUUGAAAAAGAUACUUCCGUCUUUCAGUCCAAGUAGUGGUCGGCAGCGAUUGGCUGUUCCCACAAAGGUCAGUGCAGCUCAGGUCAAAGUUGACCAAAUUUGAACUUUGCGCAUUCCUGGUCCGCUCUGCGCAGCACGGACAUCCUCAGAGAGCUGUGACAACACACCACAUGGCCUAUAACGGAGGAGACGCAUGCAAAAGCCGUUUUUUUCAACGAUAAUGUGAAUACGCCUUUGGUUUUGUUUAAAUGAGUCACACAGAUCGAGCUACACCUUUUGACUAAGAGAGCUGUAAGAGAACAUUUCUUUAACCUUAAGAUUAUAUUUGCAGUCCAUUUUUUGUGUUACCAUUUAUCAUCUGUUUAUUUUUUACUGUAUUUUAUUCAUUUCUUGACAUACAGAUGUUUGUAAUUUAUAAUAACUAAUACACAAGUAACAUUGAAAGCAUUGAAAUUUGAUAUGGUAUUUAUGUUUGAGGAACUGUAUGAAUCACUUGUUGAUUGACACUCGUGGGCUCCCAAAACCACAGAUUAUUGCAAGAAUAAAAUUAUAUCUUUUUGCUAUUUUUUUAUUACCCAUACUAUGCUGUAAUAUGAAAUUAAACUUUUUAAAAUGUU